ACACGCGCCGUGGUUGCGCUUCUGCGCGUGUUCGUGUGUCUGCGUGUGUUGAGCGGGGGUUCUAGGUUUUCUGCACACACCGAGCUUCUGCUGAAGGAGACACGAGCGGACGCGCGAGGCAGCUGGACUGGAUAAUUACGAGCGUGUCAUUACGCACCGACUGGCCCGGUUCGUUCAGCCCACGCUGCUCCCGUUAGACAUUCUAAUGUGAGCCUCCGGUUCUGAGUCCAAACUACGGCACGUCCACACGCCGACCACCGGGGAAAGUUGGAGCAAGGCGGGUGACGGGAUGUUUACCGAACGACCCGGGGAGCGCGUGUUGCUGCGUUAACUGAUCCUCUGCCAGAACAUGCGGACCGGACUCUCCGAACUCGUCACUGCUCUGAGUCCGGCUCCCCGCUAGGACCGUGUCCAGGGCUGUUCGCUCGCUCCAGCAUGUCGGCGUCACUUGUACCGGUUCUCAGCGCACAGAGAGAGCGAGAGCGUGAGUGAAGACACGAGAGAGCCAGAGCGGAACCGGGCUGCAGCGAACCGGACCGAGGGGAGACGAGCCUGUGUUCACAAGCUGUGGGAUUACUGCCGGACCGACAUGAUCCUAAUUAAUGUCCUCACUUUGGUGUUUGUGUUGGGUGUGUGUGUCUGUGAUUCGGAGCUGGGCCCGCCCGGCUGGAGGGAACCUCUGGACUGCGUGCGAGCCUCCGAGCUGUGCAACCAGAACAGCCAGUGCAGCUCGCGCUACCGGAUCAUGCGGCAGUGCCUGUCCGGCGGCGACAGGGAGCGCAGCGCCAUGCUGGCCUCCAAGGAGUGCCAGGGAGCGCUGGAGGUGCUGCAGGACUCGCCGCUGUACGACUGCCGCUGCAAGAGAGGCAUGAAGAAGGAGCUGCAGUGUCUGCAGAACUACUGGAGCAUCCACAUGGGCCUGACCGAGGGGGAAGAAUUCUACGAGACGUCUCCGUAUGAACCGAUUCAUUUCUCCGAGGAAUUCCGACACGCCUCCAUCAUCUCAGAUCCGUCUUUGUCCAAAAUGAGCCCCUGCUCUGAAGCUGGGAAACCCUGUAACCCCUGUCUGGACGCAGCGAAGGCGUGUAACCUGAACGAGACAUGUAAGCGCCUACGCUCGGCCUACAACUCCAUCUGCAGCAAGGCGCUGCCCCCCCAGCCCUCGCUGGCCAAUCAGGAGCCGUGCAGCCGCAAGCGCUGCCAGAAGGCUCUGCGGCAGUUCUUCGAGCGCGUCCCCUGGGAGCUGAGCUACCCGCUGCUGUUCUGCUCGUGCCCGGACCAGGCAUGCGCCGAGCGCCGCCGCCACACCAUUGUGCCCUCCUGCUCCCACCAGGAGCGGCACAAACCCAACUGCCUGGAGCUGCGACACACCUGCCGCUCCGACGCGCUCUGCAGGUCUCGACUCGCCGACUUCCACAUGAACUGCCAGAUGACGCCUCACACCGUCACCAGCUGCCCUCGCGACAACUACCACGGCUGCCUCAUGUCCUACGUGGGCCUCAUCGGCUCCGAUGUCACACCCAACUACAGCGACAGCAGUCCCUCCAACAUCACCAUUGGCCUGUGGUGCAGCUGCAGGAGCGCUGGCAGUCAGGAGCGGCAGUGUGACGCCUUUCACCGGGAUUUCACCCACAACAGCUGUCUGAAAAACGCCAUCCAGUCCUUUGGGUACGGGUCUGAGGGGGGGACCCUCGCCGCCACCGAGCCGUCGUCCACCUUCUUGCCGCCCGCCCGGCCGCCAAUCAUCUCCAAACCCGCCCCCCCUCUGCACGGCGACGCCAUCAAGCCCAUGGACAGCGCCUGCAUGUUUUCUACCUGUGCCAACCUGCAGGACGGAGGCCAGAAGUGCGUCCCCUCGGACGAGUUCGAGUGCGAGGAGGCUCUGCUGGUUCAGGGGUCCAUAGACUCUCAGGACUCCACGGGGCCCAAGAGCAGCAGCCAUCCCUCAGCUCCGCUCCUGCCACGCCUGUCUGUGACUCUGUGCGUGUCUGUGCUGCCACCGUUUCUACUCUACUUCUCCUAAAUGUGAAGCCACGCACACACACGCACACACGCACACAUGCACACACAGCUACAUGGCAAGAGAGAGUCAGGUGACUGGCACCUUUCACCGCAGCCAAAUGUCGACCAACAGAUGUCCAGACAUCAACAACUGCCUUCUGAGGACGUUGAGCCCAGCCGCGUCCCCGGUGUGAAGCUGCUGCUGCUGAGUUUAGCAGGGUGCAGACACACGGACUCCUGGGAACUCGGAUCACACUGACUUCAUUUCCAGCACUGUCUGGAGGCUUUGUGUGUUUUUGUGCAGCUCAGCUCGGACUCGCUCCCUCCAGCUUCGUUGGAGCUGAGACAGCUGGGCUGAAAAACAGAGACUGUGGCUCACACACACACACACACACACACACACACACACACACACACACACACACACACACAAACCAACUCUGGAAGUCGGCAAUGCGAGCGAGAAACGAUGGGAUUUCUAGGCUGGACAGAUGGGACAGAUCCUUCCACUGUGUUUGUCAGCUCAAUUUAUCACUCCCCUGGACUCGCAGCACACACACACACACACUCAGUGUUGUUAACGGGCAACAGGGUCUCCACACAGACACACGUGCUGUACACCAGUGUGCUUUUUGCGGGUCUUUAUCCUAAUUUAGUUGUUGACAUUAUGUACAAACUUAAUUUAAUGUGAAAUAUGAAAAAAAUUGGAUAUUUCACAUAUUGUAACUGUAGAAUUGUGUGAGCGCAAGUGUGUCUUUGUGUGUAUUUCUGGAAACAAAAAAGAUUUCCAUCUUCUAAGCAACUGCACAAACUGAACAAUCUCACUGCUGCGUGCGUUGAGGCCCCAGAUGCCUCAAACAAACCUCAAACAUCAUGACACUCUUUGGGUUGUUUGAAGGCUAAAGCUACAGUCUGACCCAACAACUGAUCUGCUCUGUGAUUGGCUGAAACCAUCCCCUAUUCUACUGUACACACAGAAUGGAAGAUAAAAUGACCCCAAGACGGUUCUAUGGUUAAGUUGCUUACUCAUCCUCCUUUGCUUCCAUGAACGUGUGUGUGUGUGUGUGUGUGUGUGUGUGUGUGUGUGUGUGUGUACUUUACCUCUGGCCACGCUGUGGAGUAUUUUCUAUGUUCAGAAGAAGCUACCAGCAUGUGGAACAUCAACCUGCUGUGCUGUUAGAUGGACUCCAGGACCAAGGUCCAGUAGCUGGAAGGAGAGAGAGUGGUUUGUGAUUAUGGUGUGGCCUUACUUUACUCUUUUUUCUUAUUCGAAAGGGAAAAUAAUAAUUACCGCCCCGCUAACGGCCAGGAAACAGGAUGAAAGCAUAGGACGGUGAUUCCAACACCUGCUCAUCAGAGAUGAGUUGACCAACAGUCAUGACUCCUGAGAAGGAAUCAAUAUGUUAUGAAUUCAGAAUUCCUGUUCCUGAGGUCUCCUAGAGAGAGUCUGCGGCCGCUAGCGGGGCUGUACCACGACGCCUGGAAGCAAAGGAGGCAGAACACUGAAGGAAAAGGCAGAUGUGAGGAUGUACAUUUUCUGAUGUUUGUAAACUAACAGCUACAGCAGUGUAACUGAAAUAUGUGUCUGGAGAUCUAAAUAAAAGCAACAUCUGUAACAACA